AUGGAGACAACCAGCUCCUCUCACGUCAACUUCUUCCCAGAGUCUAAUUCUCCCUUCGCCAGUUGUGCAACAUUUUGCAGCACCCCGCUGAGUGUACAGGCCCCGGAGACCCCCAAAGCCCCUGUAGCACCUAUCCCAGGUGCCGGUAUCGGGACAUUGGAACAAAGCCUUGACCUGCAAGGCUGCAGGCUUGUAUCUCUCUGCGGGAUCCUUCUCUCUGGACCUCAGCGUCCUCGUCUGUACAAUGGGGGCGUUGCAUUCUUAUAUGGCAAGCACAGGCUCGGAAGAGAGCGGGGAGAGAAGCCGCACAGGGGAGAGAAGGGGUGGGCCCGUGGCUCAAGGGAGUUCCCCCUCCGGCCCGCAGGGGGGCGCUGUGAGGGAGCAGAGCCGGGGAAGGGGAGGCCCCUCCCUGCAGGGAGGACCAGAGGCCCGCGCUCUGCCCGGGACGGACGGACCAGGGUUGAGGGAGGCAUGCAGGCCAUGGCCGCGGGGACGCCUGCUCCGGUGCCUGUGACUUUCGAUGAUGUGACCAUGUAUUUCACGGAGCAGGAGUGGAGGAACCUGGAGGAGUGGCAGAAGGAGCUUUACAAGCAUGUGGUGAAGACCAAUUAUGAAACCUUGGUCUCGUUGGUUUUUUGCUGCAACAAAAAGUGCUGCUAUAAAUAUUUUGGUUGUGCCAUUCCCAAGCCAGACUUGAUCACCUGGAUUGAACAAGGGGAAGAGCCAUUCAUCAGAGGUCAGGAAAACUUAGGGACAGAAGACCUGGCAAUAGGCUCCAGAGCUGAUGAGCAUCUUGACUUGAAGCGUACCAAGAUGCAGCUGCUUUGUGGAGUCUCUGGAUCUUCAAGUUCAAUACAUCAGGAAAGCCAUAGACAUGACCCUCAGAACCAGGACUGGUCUGAGCCCUUACCAUUCCACUGCAGUGAGUGCAGCAAGAGCUUCACUCACAAGGCUCAAUUAACCAAGCACUUGAGGAUUCACAGACGAGAGAAACACUUCUGGUGCACACAGUGUGACAAGAACUUUGCUGGAAAAUAUGAAUUACUCCGGCACCAGCUUCUGCACACUGGGGAAAGACCCUUUCAGUGCCCCAAGUGUGACAGGAGCUUCCGCCAAAAAGGGCAUCUUCUCCGGCACCAGCGCCUGCACACAGGGGAGAGGCCCUUCCAGUGCCCAGAGUGUGAGCAGUGCUUCAGGCUGAAAGCCGACAUGAAGGCCCAUCAGCGCCAGCACAGGGGAGAUAAACCAUUCUCCUGCAGUGAAUGUGGUAAGAGCUUCACCAAACAUUGUUAUCUCAAUGAGCACAUCAGAUUGCACACAGGGGAGAGGCCCUUCCAGUGUCCAGAGUGUGGCAAAAAUUUUCGAAUGAAAGCGGACAUGAGAGUCCACCAGAGAAGACACAUCAAGGCCAGGUCAUUCUGCUGCAGCGAGUGUGAUAAGGCAUUCCCCAAGCAGUCUAAGCUCACAGCCCACAUUAAGGUGCACACCAAGAAACAGCACUACAGGGCCCUGCUGUUUGGACUGAUGGACCUUGACUGGGGUUGAGGCAGAACUGUAACAUACAAGGUGAGAUUAUCAAGUACAGACUCAGAGUCAGUGCUACAGUGGGAAGGGACUUAAAAUGUUAUCUGGUACAACUCCUCUGCAACAUUCUUAAUUGAACUCGAAUCACAAACCGAUAACUUCAAACCAUUGGUUAUAGUUCUGUGUGGAGCAAGCAAUUGCUUGGUACCCUGUCCGCAUAGCAUCCCUCCAGUUGUUCUGAGUAAAGUCUGGCCAAUAAUUUGAGUGACCAAACUGGACCAAGCUGUCUUUGUUCAAAAAUGAAGUAAAACUAAGAAGGAAGGAGGCCGGUGUUCUCAUAGGCCUUAUUAGCCAACGUGCAAGAGGUUACCAGAACAGAUCACCUCUCUGUUGGUAAAAUAUUCUCACUCUUUGUAAAAGCCUGGGAAGUUAGGCCUUGAAAGACUGAGAGACAACCCUGAAUAAACCUAAGUAAGGAAUAAAUAGUCAGUAUGAGAGGGAUGGAAAUCUUUGCCCUACCUAUCUCAAACAUGAAUGGGUGAAGCUGGACACCCUGAAUGAAGAUCCUAUUGUGGUCCCAGUUUCAUCCUAUUGUAGUUGAGGAACUUGGUGGGGUUGCUUCCUUGAUACAGUUUUCUACUGACACAAUAAUAAAUGGAGCCUCUGUCAAUCUGAGAGCUCAUCAGUUGGUGUGGAGAUUCAUCUGACUGCAGUGAAGCCAUGCAGUCUCCCCAGCUUGUGCAGAGCUCUCUACUGAGGGGGGAUACGGUGGAAGUAGACGUAGUCCCUGCUGGCUCAGUCUAAUGAGUGAUUCCUCAAAUAUAGUGACUUUUGGAAGACUUAAUAAAGCAACAUAUGACCACAGGUGAAUGUAGGCAAACAUAUCUCAGAAGUUCCUAUGAGCUCUGAAGACACCAACUAACAUUGUCAAAAUUUACCGAAAAAGCCUUCGUGGAGGAUUUUGGGCUGGAUUGGGUAGGUAUGUGAGAGGCAUCGGAGGCAAGGAAAGUGGACUGCAGAAAUCCAUCAGGACUAGCUUUAGCUGAAGAAAAAUGACUGGGCGUCGUAUUAAGGUUUUUCUAGUAGGAGGAGGGUGUUGAAACUGAGACUCAGGAGGUUAAAUGUGACAUAACACAGAGGCAUUGUGAUGUAUUAGAUAAAGUACUUUUGAUGGGGGUUUAAAUCUGCCCUCUCACGUUUAUUAGUUCUGUAACCAUGAACAUGUUAUUUGACUCAGAACAUCAGUUUCCUCUUGUAUAAAAUGUAGAUAAAACCUAUAGACGUACCUCACAGUUUCUGUGAACUCAAGCUAAAUGAUGCCUGUAAAGCACUUUAUAAACCUUAAAGCACUAUGUAGUUGGCAAAGGCCAAGUAAUUAUUUUUGGAAACUUGUCUAAAUUCUCCACUGUGCAUUUUUGACUUGGUGACCCUUACUUAGGGCAUCCUCCCAACUAAUGUUUUCAAACUCCCAACAAAUAUUAAUCUUUCAGAUUCCAGAAUGAGAAAUAAUGAUUCCUGGGAAUUAGUCAAGGAUCCAUGAAAUCAUGAGUUAUUCUGUAUUUUUGAUAACAUUUUACUUAUGCUUUUUAAAUAAUAAUGAGUGACUAUAAUAAACAGUGAAUCAUUUUUCUGUG